AUGUCCAAAGGCAACAAAUACAUCUUCUUGGCGGUGGAUUAUGUAUCCAAGUGGGCGGAGGCACAAGCUUUGCCAACUAAUGAUGGUCGGGUGGUGGUGCGCUUUUUGAAGAAACUAUUUGCAAGAUUUGGAGUCCCAAAAGCCCUUAUAAGUGACCGAGGCACUCAUUUUCCCAAUGAUCAAAUAGAGAAGGUGCUAAGAAAAUAUGGGGUAUCCCAUAAAUUCUCUACAUCCUACCAUCCACAAACUAGUGGACAAUCCGAAGUGACAAAUAGAGCCUUAAAGAGAAUCUUGGAGAGAUCGGUGGGGAGCAAUCGGAAAGAAUGGCUAGUUUAUGGAAAGCAAUGUCAUUUACCGGUGGAGAUCGAGCAUAAAGCUUUUUGGGCUUUAAAAGUGUGCAACUUCAACAUGGCAAAGCUCAAGAACAAUCGGUUAAUGCAAAUGAAUGCUCUUGAGGAACUUAGGAAUGAUGCUUACACUAGUUCUCUAAUUUAUAAGGAGAAAACUAAGAGUUGGCAUGACAAGAGGAUCAAGGGAAAUAAAGAGUUUCAUGAAGGGCAAAAGGUGUUACUCUUUAAUUCAAGGUUAAAACUCUUCUCGGGAAAACUCAAGUCAAGAUGGGAUGGUCCUUUUCUAGUGAAGAAGGUGUUUCCACAUGGUGCUAUAGAGUUAUUAUCAAAGGAUGGUACCCCUUUCAAGGUCAAUGGACAUAGGGUUAAAAGAUAUGAAGAAGGAGUCCCAAGAAAUGAAGACAUGGAAGAAGGGCUGUUGAUGGAAGGGAUUGCAGCAACGUAG